AGGUAGACUUAUUAGAUGGCAUGCAGUAUAGCUGCUCAGACAACAUGCUCAGGUAAGAAGGUGACAAAGCACGCUAGAAGUGGUGGGGCACCCAGAGACUGUGGUAUUCCAAGUGGUCUCGAAGACCAGCUCCAGUCGGUUUGCUUUCCUCCUAGUCACGAGAGGCGUCGCGCUCGCAGCCCCCGUCAAAAUGCAGCCCUAGUGCCCUUAAAGCUCCCGGAUUUAGUGACUUGUGCGUGCAUUGACCAGUGCUUUAGGAUUACUCCGGAGCUCGCUCCAGGUCUGUUGCUGUGCGAGUUCUUCGACUCCACGACCGGUCUUCACAGAAGUCGAACUAAUGGCUUCGAAGGUAAGCCCUACCGUCCGGCCAAGCACCCCUCUCUGGCCUCUACAAUGAUGCCGUCACGUUCGACUCCAAACCUGCAAUCGAAGAGCCAUCCGACCAUCUACUCCUACCUCCAGCCUACGUCCAGUUUUAAGGGUUCAUCCCGCGAUGAUGAUUCGCCGCCGCCUGCGCCCCCCGUGCGAGAUUCAUCAAGUCUCAAAUCGAUCAAAUACGGUCCUGGACACGAAAAAUUCCCAUCUUGGCCAGUGCCAGCUGCUGCCGAGACGCCACAAGCUCUCAGGGGACCUCCAAGCGGCGGCUCACAUCGGUCCAAGUCAUGGACCGAUCAUACCAAUUACCCCAAGGAGAAGGUCGUAGCCUAUACAAGGCCCUACAUGAAGCGACAGCACUCUGCCUAUACGCAGCAAAAACUCAAAACUGUGAUGGAACGUUGUGAGAAAAUCCCUCCCGAAACGUACGAAUCCCGCUACAACGAGCACUUGUACUUAUCGCACGUUGACCGUGACGGUAAGCCUUUGGGCGACAUGGACUACAUGGUGCCAUCCCCUCCCGAGAGGGACCUCCCCGGCAAACCCCAACUGACCCAAGCCGACCUGGAGGAGUACGCGCGUUCGUACCAAGAGCCCUCCUUCGACACCUCCCUCACCAAAUCCGGCCUGGAGGAGUUCAUGGAGUACACCCGCCACUACGACGACUCCAAACACCUCCACCAGAAGCAGCUCUCCUACGCCCAGUCCGAGGGCUACCACAGCUACGUUUCCAGUAGCGACUCGACCUCCACCCCCUUCCUGGACCGCUUGAGGAGGGACAGUGAAGCGGUGGUCACUAGACCAUCCUGGGACGAGGCAGAGCAGGAGCACACCAGGAGGGAAGGAAGAGAUAGUGUAGUGACGACAAGUUCGGGGUCGGUGUCUUCUAGUGAAACUUUGAAAUGGCACGGGUCGAUGAGUGAUGUGUCGGUCGCGAGCAGUUCUUACACACAUCUUGCCAAUUCGAGUUCGUCGGUUUCGAGACAAUUGAUCGCGCAUAGUGCGAGAGUGCAAACGCCGCAAAGACAUCAUUCGGAGAGUGUUUUGUACAUGGGGGGCGAGAAUCCGGACAGUUGGAAGGAUAAAGAGAGUAGGAAUAAUAACACGAAUAAACUUAAAUUGUUUCCGGUGAAUACUUAUACGGUGCAGGAGGCUGAUGGGAGCGUCAACAGCAGACUAAACCCCGCCUUGUCGGUCCAAGACCGCAUAAGCGAACUGGAGAAGCAACAAAAAUACUCAUACUUAGACCCCGAGAAGAAACACAAAGUUCCUGACCCCACCCUCAAAGCCAUCCAAAAGAAAGCCCUCUUAUCAUUCUACGAACGCCACCAAAACCCCAACAAGAACAACUGGCGCUCCGAACCCCAACUAAUCCCCCAACCGCCACCACGCGUCAAAGUCCAACUCCCCUCACGUCGUGCCUCCUCCGCCUCCGACUACUCCUCUGGCAACAACUCCAAACGGAGCAGUUUGGCCUCAACCCAGUCCAAAACCACCGAAAGCAUCAAAACCGUCCCCAAACACCAAUACAGCAACUCUUGCGGAAGCCUCUCUACUGAUUUACUCGGACCUAUAAUUGUGGGUCCUUCGAUUUCUGUCGACGAUUGGGUUCCGGAUAACCCACCUGCCAGACCACCAAAGAACCCCCACUUAAGAACCGCUUUUCCGGAUUUGUUCAACCAACGGGUGCCAAGCCCGGAUUUGCCGCCGCCGUCACCGCCCCCAGUCCUCGAAGACGAGGUUUUCCAUAAUGACGAUCCGUUGCCUCCGCCGCCCCCGGAAUGCAACGAUUGGGUUGAAGACAGUCAAGUGGCGGCGCCACAAGUCGAGAAAAAUAAAUCGCCGAUUAAACAAACCGUCGGAUUACCGGAACAAUGUCGGUAUAGUAGCGUCCGGUCUUCGAUUAAGACCAGACCAGCUGGGCAUAUUAUCCAGCAAGUGAGUAGUAGACCGUACAAUGGAGGGCUGAAUCAGUAUGCGAAACGGUCAAGUACGAAAUAUCCAGCCACUCAGAAGCUGGUUCUGAAUGGGACUGUGGCAGUGAGUCAGAAGGUGGUCAAUGGGUCGGAUCAGUACAGAGCGGAGCCUUUGAAACCGAUCCAGAAGGAGGGCGAUUUGAAAAAGGCGCAAAGGGCGUCGAUUGCUGAAGGGUCUAUUAAGGAUGUGCCGCCACCGUUGCAACCGAGGCAAGCGAGGAUUAAUCAGAGUAUGAGAGGGAGGAUUUCGCAUGCUGUUACUGUGAAUAGUUCGCCCAAAGGGGAGAAGAUGAGGGAAGGGCGGUCGCAAUCAAUGAGCCAGUCGAAAGCCUCCUACCUGGCCUCCCGUCGUGACCGAAUAGUCCCCGACUCAGAAACAGGCAGUUACAAACGCACCAUGUCCCCAAACGGCCAUACCCUCAACGAAACCAUCACCGAAUCAUCAAAAGAACCCGUCUGGUCAAUCAACAGACCAACCAAAGACUUGGUCAAAACCAACAACAACACAAACCUCCUUCGCCGAUCCUCAAUGAACGAAAAGAGCAAAAAAUCCCCAGAAAAAGAAGACAUUGUUCUCCCUGACGUCCUCCCCAUCAACGCCAAAAUGUACACCCAAUACCGCCCAACCCCCGAAAACGCUCCUCCUCCCGAAUCCCCAACCAAAACACCCCCAAGAGGCUCCCCCUUCACUCCACUCCGUUCAACCAAUCUCUCAAACCCCCCACUGCUGGCAUCGUACAUCAAACCCGUUUCCCCACACGAAUCUCCCCCUUCGCCCAAAAUCAAGCAAUCGCUCUCCCCCAUGAAACUCUCCCCUUUGCGAACAUCGCCGGAAGCCUCCCCCAAACCAUCACCACCUCCCUCCCCCAGGAAAACCGAGGAGUGUCCGAAAGUGGUCGAAGGGUUGCAGUUGAUUCAGCGAACGGAAGUCGUUUUAAGAGUUAAUACUUCGACAACGGAUGCAGCUUCACAGACGGAGAAAGACGAACUUCCGCCAACUCCACUCCCGACUAGGAAGAAGUUGCAGGAGGAGAUUGAGUGCGAGAAGUUGAGCGAAGAUUUUAUUAAUCAUUUGCCGACUUCCGAUCGAUUGAAAGAAUUGCUAGUGCCAGGACCUGAUUAUAAGAAACCGACAGAUUAUGUGCAAGGGUUGUUUAGGGUUGAUGUUACGUCAAGACCAAGGCCGGUCAAUUCGCCAUUUAGGAGUAGGAAUAAUACACCCAGUUGUAGUCCUCCGCCUAUUGUUACGACUGUUACUACAGCCACAACCCCACCUAAAAUAAGUUCAACGACGUCCCCAAUGAGUUCCUUAAUAGAGCCGACAAGUCCCCUGUCGGGAUCUUCAACCUACUUCACCAUAUCCGAGCCAAAAGCGAAAUUCUUAACUAGGUAUAGUCAAGACAUGAAUCAGUGUCAUAUCGUCAAGAAUACCAAAGAUCUCACACUUAAAAAGGAGGAGUUGGUGAACCGAUUGGACCGCAAACUGGAAGUGUUGCGAUCGGAACAACUUGUUGUUUCUGAAGAAUGUAAAAUCAACGACGAGCUUGGAGAGAAUGUUGAAGCUCAUAUACGGAGGUUGGCAAGGCCACAUGAAGCUGAUAAGUUCAGACUGCAUAUUGAAGAAGUGGGAAAAAUUACAAGCCUGCUUUUGGGGUUGUCAGGACGGUUGGCUAGGGCGGAAAAUGCCCUGAUGGGCAUGCCGGAGGACCAUCCAGAGAGGCGGAUUUUGGAGAGCAAACGCGACAAACUCCAGGACCAGCUCGAAGAAGCCAAGAAACUAAAAGAGUGCAUCGACCGUCGAAGCGUGAGCGUUUCAAACAUCCUUUACAAAUACCUAAACUCAGAGGAAUACACCGACUACGACCACUUCAUCAACAUGAAGGCAAAGCUGAUAAUGGACUCGAAAGAAAUCGCUGACAAGAUCAAACUGGGAGAGGAGCAACUAUUGGCGCUAAAAGAGACUCUGAUUAUCGCAGACUGAUUUAAGUUUUAGUGUUUAAUGCUUUACCAUUCGAGUUUUAUCGAAUGCGUGCCUAGUCCAGUGACAUUUCCUUUGCUAUUUCUCGAACCCAUCUUGUGUAAUAUAGACUUUUAUAUAUAUUUUUUUAGUUUACGGUAUUUAUAGGCUAUGUUAGUGGUAGGUACUUAUUAAUUGUGGUAUUUUGAAUAUUUCGUUCGGUUCGUUUCGACUUAUUUGACAAUACCAACAACGUAGGGUCACCUCGCAAUAUCUACUAAGGGCUUGUGUCGGUAGAUUGACUGCUCGAAAGGCCACCUCUUACCAUUUUCAAAAAUGGCCAAGACGGCGGCACGGGGGCAGAAUAGGCUGUUAUGUCGUGCAUUUUCAUAUUUAGUUAAACGUAUUUAUAAGUGCAAAUACGGUAAUCGUGUGAAUGAGGAAGGCCCCGCAUUAUUUGCAGCGAUUUUUGUUUCGUUUUAUUUAUUUUCUUAGUCAUGUUGUGGGAAAUUCGUGCUGUGGAUUUUGUUGGGUUACCUUCUCGUCUAAGACAUUACCUAAUACAUCUUCCUACCAAGUAUUUAAUUGUAUCUUAGGUGUACAAAUCUAAAUUAUAACCCAAGUUUGUUUCGUCUACUAAGAGAGCAAUUGUAUAUAGUCUAUUUUUUCUAUGUAUUUAAAGUGAAAUCGAACGUGGUGCUCUGGAAAUUUUAAUGUUUUUUUAUUAAGUUGUUAGGUUCAUUGUGAUUUUCGUUUAUACUGAAACUGAGUCGUAUGUACUUCUUACAUAUUUUAAUAUAUCUGUAAGUGUGUUAUUUACCUGCAUACAAUUCAAGAUAGAUUAUUUUAAGCUUUAUGCAUCGCUUGCAAUAAAUAAUUGAAUAACG